AUGCCCGACUUGGCAGAUCCCUGUGACGAGAGGGAGUUCCUCCCCACUUCGCCUGAGGCCAAAGCGCAUGCUUCAGCCCAUGGCAGCCUGCACCUCACGGUGCCUCCCUCCUGGCUUUCUUUCGAGGGGAACGUCAUGCCCAUGUUUGGACUCUUCGUAGCCGAGCCCGGUGAGCGGUGGUGCGUGGAGUGGGCGCCAGUCCUGUUCUUGCUGCUUAACGCCGAGCGGGCUUCGCGGCCCACCCAGAAGUCGUACCCCUUCUUCCUGCAGGCUCUGACUCACGAGACGGAUGUCUCUUUGCAAUCGGAUGCUGCUUCUCGUGGUGCUUGCUGCUAG